CGAUUGUAUAUGCUUUCUAUUAUACGUACGUACCCGUAGGUCAAUCGACUUGUUCGUUUACGUUAACGUUAACAGCGCUCGGAUCUAACAGUACACUUAAAAUUAGGAGAAACCACUAAAAAAGGUUUCAUAUUAGGUGUUUACGUAUAAUACAAUACGUAUCAAUAUAGCAAGUAUUUUACAUUUCAACAAUGAAAUAAGUUUUUCGAAUAUUUUUUAUAUAAACCUAGCGUAUGGAUAACAAAAUAAAAUUAUCCUUGAUAAGCUGCACUAUUUCAGGUAUAUUAAUAAAAAUGUAUUUUCAAGCAACAAAUGAUAACAGCAAUUUAACUUCUUCAAAAAAGCUAUUUUAUAUUAUACUUUGUAUCAAUGCGGUUGUUGUGAGCAUAAAUAUUUUACUAAGAUCUUAUCCACACAUAAAAAAUGCACAUUCAAAUACUUAUAAUAUAGAUUUUACAAAUUUAAUGAAAAAUAAUUUUAAAAAUUGUGUAUUUACAUCAAUUUUCAGCAUUCAGUUAAUGAUCUAUGUAAUAUUAACUGUUAUUAAUUAUGAAAAUUUGUAUAAUUACAUACAAAAGUUUGAAGUAUUAAUAAGUUGCAUGUUGAUUUUAUCAGCAUUAGUGCAAAUUAUUGAUAUAAUUGAUCAAGAUAACGAGAGCACCUUUGAUAUUAAUUCGUUGCAAGGUUUAGAUUAUGGUACUGGUAUGGCUUAUAGUUAUUAUUAUGGAUAUUUGAGACUGGUACUUCCUACGACUGGUUCCCUUAACAAGGGACUAAUUGAAAAAUUAGAAAAUAUAGAGGACGAGAAUAAUAUACGUGUAGCUCUACAUAAAUUAUUAAUUUUAAUUCCUGAGUCGUCAUACGUACCACCGGAUCUUAAAGAAGCUUCGUAUAAAUGGAUGGAAAGUGCAAGGACACUGGAGGAAGAAAUACGUGAUCGAGCAGGAGUUAAAAAUCGGAUCUAUCGUAAUAGUUUAUACAAAAUUUUUCCGGAUGGUGAUAGAAACUCUACACCCAUAUAUGUUCCUGUAGAAGGUGCAACUCCUUUAGUAACAUUUGGUGAAGUUCAAAAACAUGCUCAUCCUGAAACAAAAGUUUAUUCAAAAUAUCGGAAGGAUGUUAUAAAAAGAUUUUAUGAGAAGUUAAAAGAGUUAAUAAGUACCGACCCCGAGUGUGCCGAUAAAUGUGAACUGAUUUAUUACAAUGACUAUGAUGAGAAUGGAAUGAAAGUCAAUGUUGCUAAAGUUAUACUUGACAGAUUACAGAGGUCAGAAACAUAUACAUGAUACCAAACAAAUUUAUAAAUUAUAAUUAUGCUUUUGUAAGAAAUUUAUUGUAAUAUAUUUAUAUUGUAAAAUGAAAAACAGUA